AUGUCGGCACAGACAGGAUCGAAAGUGGAUGAGGAAAUUAGAUCAGAUCCAGGAGUUAGCACUUCUGCUACAGCAGUUUCUCGGCGACGGAUCAUCUAUCGACCAUUUUCAAUAAAUCCACAAACUUCAACAACCACUGUUACAGCAACCAUAAGGGAUACUCUAAUAGCUGUUCGAGAUGCAGUUGCUGCGUCUAUCAUGACUACUUCCUCAUCCACUCUUCCAAGAAUAUCUACUAGUAAUGCUGAAACAGCGUCCAUAAAUAUUCACUCUUCUACUACUUCUACUUCUAAUGUUUCACAACAACAUACAGUUUGUUCGACCAAUCCAGAAACGAACGUAACUACACCUACCAUUAGUGCUAUUAACAAAGUACCCCGUCGAUGGGAGCAGUGGAACAGCUCAGAAAUUAACGCAUUUUUCGAAGGUAUCAAAAUGUACGGAAAAGAUUUCGAACAAAUGGCAAAAUUGAUGGCACGAAGGAAGUUAAACAAAGACAAAGAUCAAGUCCGUAAUUACUAUUUCAAUUCGCUCAAAUUGCUGAGAUCUUCAACACGCAUUGAUGAAACUUUGAUGGCAGGCAUACCACGAGAUGUUAAGGAGUUGUUUAUUUUGAUUAAUGGAUUUGAAUGGAAAAGAAGAGUUUGUGGCAAGUUUGAUCAAGUCAAAUUUCAACAGCUUGUCAUGGAAGGAUCAACGUAUGAGAAGAAAAGAAAGAAAAAACAACUAGUGUUGGUACGCACACCAGUUUGUCCUUCUCUGCAAAAAUUUUUUCCAAGCUGCAGUUCAUCACCAUUACCAUCGCAUAUUUUUAUAUGCCUCACACCAAGAACUGAAGCUGAUCGUUAUUUUGUGGAACAACGUGGACAAAAUCCUUUGAUUAGGAUCAGGGUUGCUAUUGGCGAUCAGCUUAGUCGUAUUUUCUCAUUUCUUAAGAUAAAAUGGAAUUUGAGGAUGCAAAAAUUGCUUGGAAACAUGUCAAAGGAAGAAGAGCAAGUGAAGGUGGUAUUAUAUCCGGAUAAGACAACCCGUGUGGGGAAGAUAAUUGUGAAUCUGUAUGAGGCUACGCCAACGAUAUUUUCAAUAAAUAGGUUAAUAAAAGAACUUCAACGAACAGGGACCAUUGAGCAAUGCAAUGAAUUGUCUAAACGUAGGAAUGCAAAUGUUGGCGAAGAAACAUCUGCAGAUGUAGACAUGCCAAAUGCGACAGAAGAUGAUGAUGAUGAUGGACCGUUUACAAUCAACGGGAACAAACUGCGUGGUGGACUUACUGAAAAAAACGUUUGCAAAGCUACUGUGACUGAAUUAUAUUAUUUGUGUGGGAAAGAGUCUGAAAUCAAGCUUGUUUAUUCGACGGGAAUGAAGCGAAUGGGCGAUCCUGAGCCGUGGCGUAUUUUUCUUCAUCUUUUAGAUCGUGGUUAUGGUGAUAAUCUUUGUAAGUCUCUUGCUGACCCUCAAAGGAUAACAGAAUCGAAUGAAUUUAUAGAACAAAAAUGGCAAGAAAGGAUUAGAAAAAGAUGUAAAUCAGCAAAUACUUUUUCGGAGCAAUCAUCUGGCGGUCCAACUGCAUCGGCUGAGAUGAUGGAAACAACUGAAGCUGCUGCACAUGAAAUAGUAGAAGCAGAGAAUAGUGCUUUUAUGCAACAGCUUGAAAGUUUGAGGGUGAAAAAACGUGCUCGUCCAUUUCAUCAGCGUUUUCCUGGCAAAAACAAUGGGAUCAUACAGUCGGUUGCAUUGAAUCCGCCAUCAGUUCAUCCUAUAGCAAAUGCAGGUUAUCAGUUGGCUGAUCCUGUUUUGGGGUCUCAGAGUGAACGAUCAGGUACAGCGCAGUCUGAUCAAUUUGCUUUUUCUGCUAGUGAUACAGCGGGAUCAAAUAGUGUUGCUGGUAAAACAAGAUCUCGCGAUGGUACUAGUAGGAUCUGGUCUGAUGUGGGAAUUUCUGGUGGAUUCAAGUCUGACGAUAAUUCCGAUGGAAUUAGGUCAGGAAAUGAAUACCUACUGCAGGAAACUAAUGUUUCAUCGCAUCCAACACAAGUUCAUCAUGUGACGGAUGGAAGAUACCAGUUGGUUAAUCCUGUAUUUCUGGCUCACAAAGUAGCAACAACAACAUCGUCAGUGCAAUUUGUUCCUUCGUCCGGCAGUAAUGUUCGUGGAGUUGAGCACAAUAAUAAUAAUUUCAUGCAAGACACCAAUAUUCUGGUGUGUCCUGCGCAAGAAAUGACAACAGUACAAUAUCAGAUAGCUGGGUCUGUAUUUAUUCCCGAAAAUACUCAUUCAACAUCAGGACAAUUUGUUCUUCCUGUUUCCAAUACAGUUAAUUCCGAAAAUGAACACUUCAUUCAAGAGAGCAAUGUGGUUCAGAAGAUUUUAACACCGACAGUAAAUACUAUCGAAUCAAGUGAAGACUGUGAUCGUAGCAGCAUACCUUCGUCACCACUGAAGGAGAGCAGCCUUCUAAGAGAAUUGCACAGUGCUCCGUCAAUGGAUAAGUCGAUAGAAGUGAUGUUACAAGAGAAUAGUACUGAAUGUUAUCGUUUUGUUGAACAGUUUGCUUCAACUAUGAAUUCUCGAUCAAAUGUUGUUAGCAAUUCAAUUAAUGCGGAAAGCGAGAUAACUCGUAUCGCACAACAGCUUGCUCAGUCUGCAGGAGAUGCACUCAGAUCCAUCGAUAGUAGUAGCAGUAGUAGUAGUAGUGGUAAUAGUAAUAGUAGAGUGAGGUCUGAUGAUGAUAAUGGUUCAGUUAUUUCUGUUGGUACUACGAAUGUGACUAAAUCAUCCAAAAAUAAUACUCUCAAAAUUAAGUCCUGUAAUCAUAAAGAAGAAAUGCAAAGACUUUGA